GUUCAUAUUCAUAAUUAUUAUCAAAAAAUAAUAUUCAAAAUGAGUGGCUCUUUGGCAUUUCACAUCAUAAUGAGUGUCACAUUCAUGGUUUUUUUCUUUGGUGGUCUAUGCGAGGCUCGUGGGGUAAACGUGGAUCUCAUCAAUGAUAUUGGUCCAAAUGUUCAAUUAGGACUACACUGCAAAUCGAAGAACAAAGAUCUCGGAUCACAAUCUUUAGUCUCUGAUCAACACUGGGGGUUUAGAGCAUCUCUUGGUUUUUGGACCGUGACUCUUUUUUUUUGUCAUUUUGAAUGGGAAAACCAAUCCAAAUGGUUUGAUAUUUUUGUUGAAGACAGAGAUUUAACAUGUGGUGAUCAUUGUGUUUGGAGUAUAAGACCUAGUGGUCCAUGUAGACUAACGGGUCGAGAAAAAUGUUUCCCAUGGAAUAAUAAGUAUUGAAACGUUGUAUUAAAAUUUUCAUUUUGAUAAUCUAAAAAAAUAAGAAAAGUAUACGCUUAUAGUAUUCGUUUAUCUU